GACUCUCUUCUUUUUUCGCUCUCCCAUGAAGAUGGGGCGCCAUGUUUUCUUGUUUGCCUGCAGUUUUCUUCUUUUUGCUGCUUCCGCAGCUUCAGCUACGGGAAUAGUGGAGCACACAUUCUAUGUGAAAAAUUUGACCAUUAGUAGGCUAUGCAAAAGGCACGUGAUUACUGCAGUAAAUGGUAGCUAUCCUGGCCCAACGAUUCGCGUUCAAGAGGGGGACACACUAAUUGUUCAUGUCAUUAAUCUCUCGCCUUACAACAUGACCAUUCACUGGCAUGGAGUGUUUCAGAUUCUGAGCAACUGGGCAGAUGGACCUAGCAUGAUCACUCAAUGUCCGAUUCAACCCGGAAGCAAAUACACGUAUAAAUUCACAGUCACAAAACAAGUGGGAACCCUUUGGUGGCAUGCUCACGUCUCGUUUCUCCGGGCCACCGUCUACGGUGCACUCAUCAUCCGCCCCCGAGACGGCCACUCCUAUCCAUUCCCUAAGCCCUACAGGGAAGUUCCGGUCCUUUUAGGUGAGUUGUGGAACGCUAAUGUCGUUGAUGUGCAGAGACUGGCAGCUGCUACGGGCGCUUCCCCUAACCUUUCUGAUGCUUUUACCAUUAAUGGAUGGCCUGGUGACCUCUACCCAUGCUCUAAACAACAAAUGUACGAGCUUACGGUGUUGCAAGGGAAAACCUAUCUAUUACGAAUUAUAAAUGCUGCACUCAAUAGCCAGCUCUUCUACAAGAUAGCCAAUCAUAAGUUGACGGUCGUUGCCGUUGACUCCAGCUAUACCGAGCCUUACAUUACCGAUGUCGUGGUAGCCGCCCCCGGUCAGACGGUCGAUGUUCUGUUAACCACGGAUCAGUCGGUUGGGUCAUAUUACAUGGCUGCUAGACCAUAUGCAACUGCAGUUGUAGGCGGUGCACUUGUACCAUUUGCUAAUACCACCACAAGGGGUGUCCUCAUCUACGAUGGCUGUCCGUCACAAGCCACACCGCUAAUGCCAGCCCUCCCCGCAUUCAACGAUACCCCCACUGCCAACAAGUUUUACUCCGGCCUUAAAGCGUUAGUCGGUGCGCCUUUCUGGGUUCCGGUCCCUCGUAAGGUAGACCACGAAAUGUUCGUCACCAUCGGGUUGGCGCUCGCUCCCUGCCCGGCAAACACAAGUUGCAAUGGUCCAAAACUGUCGGCCAGCAUGAACAAUGAAUCCUUCGUUGAACCUACUGGCAUCUCCCUGUUGCAAGCCUUUUACCAAAACGUCAAAGGCGUUUACACCACUGAUUUCCCCGUCAAGCCCCCCAUCAAAUUCGACUACACCAACGAUACCGUUAACAACAACCUUCCGAUGCUGUUCGCUCCAAAAAGUACAAAGGUCACCGAGCUUAAAUUCAACUCGACCGUGGAGAUAAUAUUUCAAAACACGAAUAUCCUCGGACCAGAGAAUCAUCCCAUGCACCUCCAUGGCUUUGAUUUCCAUAUAUUGGCUCAAGGAUUCGGGAACUACAGCCCUAUUACCGAUAGAAAGAAAUUCAAUUUGAUUAACCCACAGAUACGCAACACAGUUGCUGUGCCAGUAGGAGGAUGGGCCGUCAUCAGAUUCGUUGCUAAUAAUCCAGGUGUAUGGAUACUGCAUUGUCACUUAGACGCGCACUUGCCGGUGGGCCUUGCUACUGCGUUCCUAGUUGAGAAUGGACCGACGCCGGAAACAAUCUUGCCUCCUCCGCCGGCGGAUCUACCACAAUGCUGGAGAUAAUUAAUUGACAACGAAAAUCGUUGUUGGAAAUGUUUUUUUAUGACAAUACAUUUUUUUUUCAUUUCAUUUA